GGGGCGCGGGUGAGGUGGCGGCGGGGACGACGGGCUGCGGGCAGCGGACCGGAGCGAGCGGAAAGAAGAAAUGAUGUAAAUAAUUUACUGUCCAAACUUUGAGGUCAGAGGUGAGAAGGAAGGUCAGGAAGACUAUGGCCUGGCCAAAUAUUUUUCAAAGAGGAACUCUGUUCUCCCGAUUCAGCCAUCAUCACGUUGUUGUGUUCUUGCUCACCUUCUUCAGUUAUUCGUUGCUCCACGCAUCAAGAAAAACUUUUAGCAAUGUCAAAGUCAGUAUCUCUAAGCAGUGGACCCCAAGUGCUUUUAACAAGUCCAUUAGAUUGCCUGUAGAGAUCUGGAGCAGCAACCAUUUGUUCCCCAGCGCAGAGGAGGCCACUCUUUUCCUUGGAACGCUGGACACCAUUUUCCUCUUCUCUUAUGCUGUGGGCCUUUUCAUCAGUGGAAUUGUUGGAGAUCGGCUUAAUUUGCGAUGGGUUCUGUCGUUUGGCAUGUGUUCUUCUGCACUAGUGGUGUUCGUCUUUGGCCCUGUCACAGAAUGGCUGCAUUUCUACAACAAGGGCCUCUACUGCUGUCUGUGGAUUGGGAAUGGCCUGCUGCAGUCUACCGGUUGGCCCUGUGUGGUUGCGGUUAUGGGCAACUGGUUUGGGAAAGCGGGACGAGGAGUUGUUUUUGGUCUCUGGAGUGCCUGUGCAUCAGUGGGCAAUAUUUUGGGAGCAUGCCUAGCUUCUUCUGUUCUGCAGUAUGGUUAUGAGUAUGCCUUUCUGGUGACCGCGGCAGUGCAGUUUGCUGGUGGGAUCAUCAUCUUCUUUGGACUCCUGGUGUCACCAGAAGAAAUUGGUAUCCCAGGUAUUGAGGCAGAAGAAAAUUUUGAAGAAGACUCACACAGGCCAUUAAUUAAUGGUGCCGAAAACGAAGAUGAAUACGAACCUAAUUAUUCCAUUCAAGAAGGCAGCACUAUUACCCAAGUCAAGGCAAUCAGCUUUUAUCAGGCCUGUUGUCUUCCUGGAGUUAUACCGUAUUCACUGGCCUAUGCCUGCUUGAAGUUGGUAAAUUACUCCUUCUUCUUCUGGUUGCCCUUUUAUCUGAGUAACAACUUUGGAUGGAAGGAGGCUGAAGCUGACAAGCUGUCCAUUUGGUACGAUGUUGGAGGAAUUAUAGGUGGAACUUUGCAAGGUUUCGUCUCUGACGUGUUACAGAAGAGAGCCCCGGUUUUAGCUCUGAGCCUGCUUCUGGCAGUUGGGUCCCUCGUUGGAUACAGCCGUUCUCCAAACGAUAAGUCCAUUAACGCACUUCUGAUGGCGGUUACAGGAUUUUUUAUUGGUGGACCUUCUAAUAUGAUUAGCUCUGCUAUUUCUGCGGACCUGGGUCACCAAGAGCUGAUCCAAGGGAGCAGUGAGGCUUUGGCGACCGUCACAGGAAUUGUUGAUGGAACCGGAAGCAUUGGAGCAGCGGUAGGCCAGUAUUUAGUGUCUUUGAUCCAGGACAACCUGGGAUGGAUGUGGGUGUUCUACUUUUUCAUUCUCAUGACAAGUUGUACGAUUCUAUUUAUCUCACCAUUAAUAGUGAGGGAAAUACGCCAUCUUACGCAAAGACGACAGGCUCGCUCACUGAGUGAGUGA